AUGGCAUCUGGAAUGAAAUUUCACUACUACAAACAAAAAUCUGUUGUUACUUCACCUGAUGUAUCAGAAGUUACAGCUGAAAAACGUUUAAAUUCAUUUAAAAUGAAAUUUCGUAGAAGUGGAAGUAUUGGUAUGCCAUUUGUAUCUGAAAAAGAUAUAAAAUCAGUUAAAAAAGAAAUGUCAUUAGAUGGUUGUUAUGAAGAAGGUUUACAAGUAUUAACUGUAAUUAUUAAAUCUCAACGUAGUGGUGAUACAUUAUCCAAACUAAUGGCAUCAAUUCCUAAUAAUACCAGAAUUAAACAUAUAGAAACAAGAGAUCCACAUUCUGGUAAUCAAUCAGAAAUUGAAGUAUUUCUUGAAUUAGAAUGGGAAGAUAAUAUAACAGCAUUUGAUAUUAUUAAUGAGUUAAAAAAUAACAAUUUAGAUGUUGAAGAAGUAUCAAGUACUAUUAAUCCAAAAGGUGCUUACAUUAUUGAAGAUCCUGGAUCUGAAGAUGCAUUAAGUGGUUCACAAUGGUUUCCAAAAACUAUUUAUGAUCUUGAUCUUUGUUCUAAACGUGUUAUAAUGUAUGGUGAUGGUUUAGAUGCUGAUCAUCCAGGAUUUAAAGAUAAAGAAUAUAGACAACGUCGUAUGAUGUUUGCUGAAAUUGCUUUAAAUUAUAAACAAGGUGAACCUAUUCCACGUAUUGAAUAUACUGAAAGUGAAAAAAAAACUUGGGGAAUAAUAUAUAAAAAAUUACGUGAACUUCACAAAAAACAUGCAUGUAAAGAAUUUUUAGAUAAUUUUGAAUUAUUAGAAAGAUAUUGUGGAUAUUCUGAAAAUAAUAUACCACAACUUGAGGAUAUUAAUAAUUUUUUAAAAUCUAAAACAGGAUUUAGAGUAAGACCUGUUGCAGGAUAUUUAAGUGCCAGAGAUUUUUUGGCUGGACUUGCAUUUAGAGUUUUUAAUUGUACUCAAUAUGUUAGACAUCAUGCUGAUCCAUUUUAUACUCCUGAACCUGAUACUGUUCAUGAAUUAAUGGGACAUAUGGCUUUAUUUGCUGACCCAGAUUUUGCACAAUUUUCUCAAGAAAUUGGACUUGCAUCACUUGGAGCUUCAGAACAAGAUUUAACAAAUUUAGCUACAUUAUACUUUUUUUCAAUUGAAUUUGGUAUGUGUGGUUGUUAUUCAUCUAAUCCUGAAGAUGGUGAAGAAUUUGAUGAUAAUGAAGAAAAUAUAUCAUUUAAAAAAAAAGAACUUAAAGUUUAUGGUGCUGGAUUACUUUCUAGUGCAGGUGAAUUAUUACAUGCUGUUAGUGAUAAAGCAAACAUCUUAAGAUUUGAUCCAGAUCGUGUUGUUAAACAAGAAUGUAUGAUAACAUGUUUCCAAACAGCAUAUUUUUAUACUAAAAAUUUUGAAGAAGCUCAACAAAAAUUAAGAAUGUUUACAAAUAGUAUGAAUAGACCAUUUAUUGUUCGUUAUAAUGCUUAUACAGAAUCAAUUGAAGUAUUAAAUAACAAUAGAUCUUUAACACUUGCUAUUAAUCAACUCCGUUCUGAUAUUAAUCUUUUUGCAUCCGCUUUACAUUUUAUUCUUUAA